UUCUCUCAAACUAGCCAUCUUGUUUCUCGUCUCCUUCAACGAAAUACAUGUCAUGAUCCGGAAGGGGUCGGCACGUCUGAGCCCGCGCGCGCUGAGGCAAAUCCACGGCAACCUGGUGGUCGGAGGAGGCGUCACCGCCGCCGCGCGGCUCCAGCCUCUGCGGGAGCUCCUGCUCGCGUGUGUCGUCUCGUUCCGCGGCAGCAUGGACUACGCCCGCAAGCUGUUCGACGGAAUACCCCGCCCGGACCUCUUCAUGCACAACGCCAUGGUGCGCGGGUACGCUCACGCGGGCGCGCCCGCCGCGGCCUUCGCGGUGUACCGCCGGAUGUUGGAGGCUGCCCCCCUGCGGCCCGACGGGUUCACGUUCUGCUACCUGCUGCGGGCGUGCGCCGGCUUUCCUGGUUCUUGCUUCGCCGGGUGCCAGGUCCAUGGCGCGGUGGUGAAGCUGGGGUUCUUGAAGGACGCUUACGUGAGGAAUGCGCUCAUCAACAUGCUCGCCAAGUGCGGGGAUCUGAGGGCCGCCUGCGUGCUCCUUGACGAAGCCGGCGAAGAGGAUGUCGUGGCGUGGUCGGCUGUCAUAGCAGGGCAUGCGGCGAAGGGUGACAUAGAUGCUGCACGGAAGAUGUUUGAUGAAUGUCAGCACAAGGACAUAGUUUGUUGGAACGUGAUGUUGGGCGUGUAUGCAAAGAAUGGAGAGAUGGAGAAGGCGAGGGAGCUGUUCGACUGUGCGCCUGAAAAGGAUGUGGUUUCAUGGAACACUAUUAUCAAUGGGUACACUGUGCAAGGGAUGCUGAAUCAUGCGUUGGAGGUGUUUGAUGAGAUGAGGGCAGCAGGGUGGGAGCCUGAUGAAGCAACCAUUGUUAGCUUGUUGUCAUGCUGUGCGGACACGGGGUCGCUCGAUGCGGGGAGUAUGAUACAUCAGAUGCACUUGGAAUGGAGGCCAUGGAUAAGCAUUGUUGUUGGAAAUGCAUUGGUGUCCAUGUACGCAAAGUGUGGGGAUUUGCAUACUGCAAUUGAAGUCUUUAACACAAUGAAGGAGAGGGAUGUUUGGACAUGGAACUCAGUCAUAGGAGGAUUGACCUUCCAUGGACAAGCAGAAAAAUCUGUCCAAUUCUUCAAGAAAAUGCUUGAAGAGAGAAUUUACCCAAAUGAGAUCUCUUUCCUAUGUGUACUUGGUGCAUGCAGCCAUGCGGGAUUAGUUGAAGAUGGUCGCAAAAUUUUCUAUCUGAUGAAAGACAAGUACGGAAUCGAGCCUAAUGCAAGGCACUACAGUUGCAUAGCAGACAUGCUUGGGCGUGCAGGCUUACUAAACGAAGCAUUUACGAUCGUGACUAACAUGAGGUGUAAACCUAGUGCGGUCAUAUGGAGGACAUUGCUUGGUGCCUGUAGAACCAACGGGAAUAUGAUUCUGGGCAAGUUCGCCAGGGAGAAGCUACUAAACAUGAACGAGGAUGCAAGUGGAGACUAUGUGCUGCUCUCUGGAAUUUAUGCCUCAUCUGGUGAAUGGUUGGGGGUGGAGACAGAGCGGAGGACAAUGGAUAGAAGAGGGAUAAGGAAAGUUGCUGGCUAUGCUCAAAUUGACCGUAAAUCUGCUGGUCUUUCUACACCAUGAUUGGUGUAUGUUAUACCAUGGAGUUAAAUAUGAAUAGACAGUUUUUUUUAAGAUAAUGGGUGAUAGCAUCUAGCCUUUACUUCAAAAGAAGCUACAACCACCUAUUACAAAGUUUUGCAAGCAACUCCUAGGACUAUUACAAAGUCUUGAAAGAACACAAGAAAAACAAACUGGAUGGCACCAACAAGGAGAAUAUUAUCUGUAGGAUAAACGAACAAAGAGGUUAGGCCCUGGAUAGUCGAUCGAUCAUGUUCAAAACUGCAGAACAUGGUAUAACCAUCAAUUAACAUGAACAAAGAUGCAAGUGACAACUAUGUGCUGACCUCUGGUAUUUAUGCAUCAUCCAUUGAAUGAUUAGAGGUGGAGACAGAGCAGGAAUCAACGUAUAUAAGAGGGUUAAGGAAAAAGAGAAAUAUCUAGCUAUUCUCAGGUUGGCCAUGAAACUGCUGGUUUUUCUGCAAUACAAUGAACUGUAGAUGAAAAGUAGGCAGUGCUCCAGAAUCCAUAUUGAUUGAGAAAUGAGAGGAAGUAGUAUCAAGCAUAUUCAAGACCAGCAUGGAAGCAUCUAGCACUAU